AUGCGGGAGGAGUACUGUCCUCGUGACGAGAUUCAGAAACUUGAGAACGAAUACUACAAUCUGAAGAUGGAGGGGUCCGAGAUCGAGGCUUACACCAAACGAUCUCACGAGCUAGCAAACAUGUGCCCUAACUUAUCACGACCGCCACCUCGAAGAAUCGAGUUGUACAUCAAGGGCCUAGCACCAUCAGUAGAGAGUUUGGUCACUGCAGCAAAUCUUAACAACCUGCCUCAGAUCAUCCAUUUAGCACACAAGAUUACCGACCAAGAGGUCGAGUGUGGUUCGCUACCGCCUCGUGUUUCUGCUACUCCUACUGUUACUACUACACCUGCUGGUGAUAACAAGCGUAAAUGGAACGAUCCUGACAAAGCGACCAGUGCAAGCCAAUCGCAUAAAAGGCCUGACAACAACAAUAAUCGUAGUUUCAGUCAGUCAUCCUCAGUUAACCAAGGCCAGAGCAGCAAUCCGAGCCAAGGCUCCUACCUGAAUCAAAACGCCAAUGAUAACAACAACCGUCAGAAUAACAAUCACAAUGCUGGGAAUAACAAUAAUGGCAACAAUGGGGGCAACAGUUCUCGUGGAAGGGUAUUUACAAUUGGAGCUGGCGAUGCUAGGAACGACGACAAUGUCGUGACUGGUACGUUUUCUGUGAACAAUCUCUUUGCUUCUUUGUUAUUUGAUUCCGGUGCCGAUUGGAGUUAUGUGUCCUUGGAGUUCAGUCAACGAUUAGGGUUAACUCCAACACCUCUAGAAGCUAAGCAUGUAGUAGAAUUAGCAGAUGUGUUUGACAUUGACCUCCUUCCUGUCACCCUCGGUAGUUUCGACGUAGUGGUUGGUAUGGACUGGUUAUCCAAGCACCGUGCUGACAUCCUUUGUAAAGAGAAAAUUGUACGUAUUCCUCUCCCCAGUGGAGAAUCUCUAUCGGUUGAAGGACAUCGCAAUUGUGCGAUGGUUGGUAUCAUCUCAGCUAUGACAGCUCAGAAGUGUCUACGAAAGGGGUAUCCUGCUAUUUUAGCACUUUUUACUGAUCCUCAGCCUGAAGAGAGGAAGAUCGAAGACCUGCCAGUCAUUCGUGAAUUUUCCGUUGUGUUUCCUGAGGAACUUCCAGGUUUACCUCCUCACCAUCAAGUGGAAUUUUAG